CGGCCGUCUCUCCUCAGUAGACUCUUGGUUGCCGUGAGCGUUGGGUGUCCCCGCAGCUGCAACAUCCCCGCGCCCUCCACAGCUCCCUCGCUGUUAGUCUUCACACACAUAUCACAAAAUGAGAGAAAUCGUCCACGUCCAGACCGGCCAGUGUGGCAACCAGAUCGGCACAAAGUUCUGGGAGAUCAUCAGUGACGAGCACGGCCUGACUGCAGCGGGCACUCUCAGGGAAAACGUGCCCCAUGAUGUCAGGGAACUGCAGCUGGAACGCAUCAAUGUUUACUACAGCGAGGGCCACCAGUCGAAGUACGUGCCCCGCGCCGUGCUGGUGGACCUGGAGCCGGGCACCAUGGAGGCCGUAAGGGCGGGUCCACUCGGGAAGCUCUUUAAGCCGGAGCACGUCGUCUUCGGCCAGAGCGGCGCGGGCAACAACUGGGCCAAGGGACACUACACUGAGGGCGCUGAGCUGGUGGAUUCCGUCUUGGAUGUCGUCAGGAAAGAGGCUGAGAACUGCGAUUGUCUUCAGGGCUUCCAGCUGACCCACUCCCUCGGGGGCGGCACCGGCUCAGGCAUGGGCACGCUCCUCAUCUCUAAGAUCCGCGAGGAGUUCCCUGACAGGAUCAUGAACACCUUCUCCGUCGUGCCCAGCCCCAAGGUAUCUGACACCGUUGUGGAACCCUACAACGCCACCCUGUCCAUCCAUCAGCUCGUCGAGAACACCGACCAAACUUACUGCAUCGAUAACGAGGCCCUCUACGACAUUUGCUUCCGCACGCUCAAGCUGGCCAACCCAACCUACGGCGAUUUGAACCAUCUCGUGUCUCUCACUAUGUCCGGCGUCACCACCUGCCUGCGCUUCCCUGGCCAGCUCAAUGCCGAUCUCAGGAAGCUGGCCGUCAACAUGGUGCCCUUCCCCCGUCUCCACUUCUUCAUGCCAGGCUUUGCCCCUCUUACCGCCCGCGGCUCCCAGCAAUACCGUGCCCUCACCGUCCCCGAGCUCACCCAGCAGAUGUUCGACGCUAAGAACAUGAUGGCAGCGUGCGACCCCCGCCACGGCCGCUACCUCACCGUGGCUGCCGUGUUCCGAGGCAAGAUGUCCAUGAAGGAAGUGGACGAGCAGAUGUACAACAUUCAGAGCAAGAACUCCUCCUACUUCGUGGAAUGGAUCCCCAACAACGUGAAGACCGCCGUGUGUGACAUCCCUCCCCGUGGUAUCAAGAUGGCCUCCACCUUCAUUGGCAACUCCACCGCCAUCCAGGAGCUGUUCAAGAGGAUCUCCGAGCAGUUCACGGCUAUGUUCAAGCGCAAGGCUUUCCUCCAUUGGUACACCGGCGAGGGUAUGGACGAGAUGGAGUUCACCGAGGCGGAGAGCAACAUGAACGACUUGGUGAGCGAGUACCAGCAGUACCAGGAGGCUACCGCCGAGGACGAAGACGACCUGGGUGACUACGAGGAGGAGCAGGACACCGCCUAAACAGCUCACCCGCCCCAGGAGGUCACGCUUUAGGGGUCGAGGAAUCCUAAAUUGAUACAUUGGUGCCUGCCCUUCACACGUGACCUUCGUGUCAUCUCUCAGUCUUUAUUUGCCACUUAAAAUUGUCAUAAAAAACGUAAUCAGUCAGUUCCAUUCACCGCCAUUCUAACUCUCUCUCUCUCUCUCUCUCUCUCUCUCUCUCUCUCUCUCUCUCUGCUUGCGCAUUUUAACUUGACCCCAUCGCUGCUUGCAUCCGAACAGGUCAAAUAAUGUAACUCUCUCUCUCUCUCUCUCUCUCUCUCUCUCUCUCUCUCUCUCUCUCUCUCUCUCUCUCUCUUUCUCACGAUCAUUAUGCUUUUAAGGAAAAAAAAAUCAUCUUAAAGUAGUAGAAUUAUUUAGCUUUUGUACCUCUAAUUAGCGAAUCCCACCCCGGGCCUGCCGUGGGCGUGGCGUCACCUCACGUCCACACCCUCGCCCGCCCGUCCUCAAAGGCUCACUCCCCGUCUACACACUGCCAAGGCCUUCCUCACGUCCUCGCCACGCCCACAUUCAUCCAAAAUUCUCCUAUUCCCAUCUCUAUCUCUCUCCUCUGCCCACCUGUUCCCUAACCGCCCCGCCCCUCCCUCCCCCGCUCCCUUUCCCUCGCAACGCCUGGUCUAAUGGGCACAAAAUAAAUGAGUAAAAUUUCA